GCCGUGUUUUCUUUGCGAGAUAUAUGAACAUGGAUUAGUUUAUGAAUCAUGCUGAAGUUUUAUUGGCUGCUAUUUUUUUGGAUUAGUUUGUGUUAAUUUUAGCAUGUUUGGCACCAAAUUUUGAGUUAUGUACACCGUGCUUUAUAUGCAGAGCAAGAUGACAGAAAACAGUAAUAUUGAAGUAGCAGGGAUGUCCAUUAGCACUCAACUAUCUUCUCCACCGUCAGGUGUUCGUAAGAAUCGGUCAGCUGUCUGGGAUCAUUUUGAUGUAGAGAAUGCUACUGAGAAGAAGGCUAAAUGCAAAUAUUGUGGUAGCUUAAUACAAUAUGGAAAUAGAACCAGCUCAAUGGGUGAUCAUUUGAGAAGAUGCAAGCAAAAUCCUAAUAAUGAUUCGAACAAAAGAAGAAAAAUAACGACCACACCGACUAUAGAUGAGCGUAGUGUUUUAAAUUCACCCGGUGCUUCCAAAUUUGACAAAGAGGAGGCUCGAAGGGCACUUGUGAAAAUAUUUAUUAGGGAAGAGCUACCAUUUUGUUUCGUUGAAAGUCCAAAAUUUCGAAUAUUUGUGCAUGCCCUACAAGCAAGAUUCAAAGUUCCUUCACAGACUACAUUAGCACGUGACAUUGGAGCUCUUUAUGCUGAAGAGAAGAUGAAGUUGCAAGAUUUUCUCUCGGCAAAUUGUGGUAGAAAAAAGGAGGCGAAUUGAAGUCAAAGUUGUCCAAGUGCAUAAAGUUACUUUAUCAGCAAUACCGAAGUUC